AUAUAAAAAUCAUUUGGAAAAUUUAGAUGCAGGAAGUGAGUGGUAACGGAGAGGUGAAAGAGAAAUGAGGCGGGGCAGGCGGGCGGGCGUUAAUAUGGGCGGGACGGGCUCUGUCCCCACCCUGCCCGCCCUCACGCCCAGCGGAGGACACAACACCCAUGACAUAACACGCUUCACCCUUCACCAGCUGCUGGUCACCACAGAAAUACUGGUGCCUCCAACGCCAAGGUUUGUCGGUAGAAGUGAAGACUGGCGUCUGGCAGGAUCCUCACACCUCAGAGCUGUCUCUGCUAUACCACCCGGGGUUAUUACACUGGUGGAGAGCGGUGAUGGAGGGCAGGAGGGCUGUGAUGGAGGGCAGGCGAACGGUGAUGGAGGGCAGGCGAGCGCCCUGGCCGCCCUCCCUCCACCUGUGGCUGACUUCCGCUGCAGGAUGCGCCCUCUAACGCAGCCCAAGAAGUAUGGGGCAGUCCCGGCUCCAAUGGGUGACGGCUCCAACCCCUGGGACUACAGUCAACUGCUCCACAGGAGAAGAGCAAGGAUACACCACACUAAGCACUUCCACUGGCGACGACGUGCAGAAUUCGCUGGCCUGGUGAUGGGUUCGUGCCGAAGUCUGCGGACGACCCACCGGCCUCGCCCGCCAGACCUCGUCACCACCCUCACCUCUCGCCUUCCUUCUCGCCUCACUGCUAAAUACGACCGCAUUCUCAAGGACUUGUUCCAAGAACUACGAGAAAGAGAGGUCCAGCCAGUGCUCAUGAAGCCACUGGGGACCUACGAAAGGUAUGAGGUGACGGGGGUUGAGAGAGUGCCUUGGGUGGGGCGGGAGCGGCGGGCCCUCAGCCGCGCCAUGGCCAGCUUCCCGCCAGCUGUGAGGACUGUCAUGGCCCACGCGCUCAGGCCGCUCGAUGCACUCAGCUUGGUCGACAUCCAGGAUGGAGGCGGGGUUGUGGGCGUGGGCGAAGGCGUUGAGCUGAAUGUGUUGAUCACAAGAUGGCGAGCAGCAGCGAGGGCAGGACGAACUCAACUCCGGAAUACAUGGUUCCCUACAUCCCUCUCCGCCAUCCGUGAGGCGGCUCUGGCUACGAACCUCUCACCCUCUCGUAGACACACUGUCAUGCACGCCUUCAACAACCUCUUGGCUUCAAAACUACAAGAGGUACUGAUCCGUAGCGUGGAGAAUGUCCUACGGUGGCUGGCAAGUGAAGAGGAGCCGUGGGUGGGCCCUAGGAUAAAGCUUUAUCUGGUCCUAGACGACAACCAGGUGGUACUUAGUCCAGAUGAGGAGGCACUCUAUUCAGCUUUCACUGACCUUUUUAAAGAGCUGGAUGACUGUGUGCAACUGUAUCGUGGAACUUGGGAUGAGCCGCAGCCCCCCAAAGUGCCCAAGUGGCGUGUACGAGUUGCAGAGAGUGGUCCUUCUGACGACAUUGAAGAAGUGGUUCCACCACUGCGACCCCUCCAACCUCGUCGUGAAACUCUAGUAGUCACACUCUCUGACCCUCAAUGGGAGGGCUUUCGCAGCAUGCUCACUAGUAGCAUUCAAUGCAGGUUCACCAAGGCUGCAGAGUUUUUGGAUCAGAUCUCCAGUGAAUGGUCAUCUGUGUUAAAUGGGAAUGUAAGAAGUGAGAUAGACCAUUUCCUGAGCCAGGAUGCAGAACUAGACGAGUAUGCAGGCCAGGUUCGCCAUUACUCUGCCUAUGUUGAGCAGGCUAGUCACGUUCCUACCUCUGCCACGCUUCAUGUCUUUAGACUAGAGUAUAAAUUUCUACGACAAAGUCUGCUGUUGGUGUCAUCUUCCUUUGUAUCAAUGCUGCGAGACAAACUGAUAGCUGAUCACCGGGAAACAACACAGGGGCUCAACCAACAAUUUGAAACGAUUCACAAACAUAUUCAGGAGGUACCAAAGUCUACAGAUGAGCUGUUCAAACUGAUGGAAUAUGUGGAAGAAGUGCGUCGCAUUACCAUCCACCGUCUGGCAGAGGAGGUAGCUGCAAUGGUUGUCAGGCUCAAGGUGAUUUUGGAUGUUGUGCAUCUGACUCCUGAUGACUUGGCUACCACUGCUUCUGUCAUUGUCUGGCCAUCUAAGCUGAAGCCUGUCAUUGAUCGAGCUGUUGAGUCAUUGGAGGAUUUAAAACAAGAAUUUGAAGAGAUGUUGGUGGAAAGGUCAGGUGAGGUCAACCACACCUUAGAACGCAUUCAGCAGUUUGUGACGGAGCUGGAAGAGCUGUCUGAUGUGUGUCAUGUCAACAAGUACAUCAGGGAAGUGCGAAAGCUUGAGGGAAGAUUGGAGAAGGUGAGCACACUGGUCACGUGGGUCAACCAGGAAGAAUCCCUCUUCAAGUUCCAGCUUUCCUCCUUUCCUCUUCUGGCUGAACUUAAAGACUGUUUGGUGCCAUACGAUGAACUUUUUACUCUAGUUAUGAAGUGGCGCAAGUAUGAGAAGUAUUGGAUGGAUGGAGACUUCACUAGUCUCGACCCAGAUUUUAUAGAUGGGGAAACAGAGGAGUUAGCAAGGGAAUUAUUCCGGCUUCGUAAAACUUUUAAGAUGAAGUUCAAGCAACAGGCUUUAGAGGGUGACCCACGAAAGGCCAGAAUGAAUCUAGAUGACCCUAAUCCAGAUAACCUGCCAGGACCACUUCGAGUGUGCGCUCUUGCCCUCACUCAGAUCAAAAACUUCAAGGAGCAUCUACCACUGGUGUCUGUUCUGUGUAACAAAGGUUUGCGACCACGUCACUGGCAAAAUCUCAACAAGGCAGCUGGAUUUGACAUUACUCCCAAUGCUGGCACCAGUCUUCGAAAAGUGGUGCAAAUGCAGCUUGGAGGAUUGUUAAAGGAGUUUGAGGUAGUGAGCAGUGGUGCAUCUCGUGAGUACAGCCUUGAGCUGUCACUAGCCAAUAUGCAGCGUGCUUGGCAGACAGCAAAGCUGAGGAAGGUCCCACAACCAGAGGCUGAUGUAGAGGUACUGGCAGGGCUGCAAGAAGUGCGGGAGCUGGUGGAGGACCAUCUCAUUACAACACAUACCAUUAAAAACUCUCCCUUUGUUGGACCAUUUCAAGAUGAAGUGAAGGAGUGGGAAAGUACCCUACGGAUAGUGCAGGAGACGAUUACUUUAUGGUUGAAGGUACAGACACUCUGGAUGGAGUUAACUCCUGUCUUUUCCACUCCUGAUCUACCAGUUCAACUUCCAGAUGAAUUCAAACUGUUUAAGGAGCUAGACAGAAAAUGGGUAGCAGUGAUGGAGGAGACUGUUUCUGCAAAGCAACUGCUGGAUGUGGUUGGGGAUGUUCGGGCUCUUGAGGAAGUGUCAUUAUCCCUCAGCAACUUUGCCAUAAUUCAGAAAGCUGUUUAUACCUACCUAGAUAACAAGCGGAGGAUCUUUCCAAGAUUGUUUUUCCUCUCAAAUGAGGAACUGAUCUCUCUGCUUUGUGAAAAGGAUGUGAUGCACCUUGAAAAUCACACCAGAAAAUGCUUUGAUGGUGUCCACUCCCUGCACUUGGAUGACAAUUGUGAUAUUUAUGCAGUUUCCAGCAAGGAAGGCGAGGUUGUUUCACUUAUCAAGAAACUGCCAACAGCUAAUGCCCAUCAAAGCAUUGAAAAUUGGCUGCUCCAGUUUCAGGAAUCUCUUAUCUAUACGCUGAAGAUGAAAACAUGUGCUGGUGUCGACACUUGGUCUCGACAAAGUGGUAGCAGUAAUAAAGAUAUUGAUAGUCUCUUACUAUCUUGGCCCCUUCAAGUAACACUAAUAGUAAGACACAUCUUUUGGACUGCAGAGGUUCAUCAAGCUAUCUGUGGUGGCACUCAGGCUCUGCAAGAAUGUUUGAAAAGAGUAGAGAGUGAAGUUCGGACUCUUAUUUCCAUGCUUAGAAAAAGUGAUCUAGACAGCAGUAGGCAAUCUGUCAGUACACCUCAUUCUCCAGAGACUCCUGGCACCCCUUCAACCCCAGCAUCAUCCAGAGUGAGCACAACCUCCGCUAUUCCUCCUAAUCCAUCUCGUCAUUCACUCUCCACCCUCAUAGUGGUUACGGUAUAUGCAAGAGACAUUCUCAUUGACCUGCUCAGUCGAGCUGUUUGUGAUGAGGAAUCAUUUGCUUGGCUUGCUCAGCUCAGGUGCUAUCUAAAUGAAGAUGAAAUAGAAGCAAGGAUGCUUUACUGUUCUCUGCCUUGGGGUUGGGAAUACAUUGGAGCAGAGGGCCGCUUGGUGGUAACUCCCCUCACUUGCCGUGCUCAACAUGCCCUGGUUACGGCCUACCAAGCACAUCUGGGAGGAGCACCAGAAGGGCCUGCUGGCACUGGAAAGACAGAAACAGUCAAGGACUUGGCUCGGUCACUGGCCAUGAACUGUCUUGUAUUCAACUGUUCUGAUGACUUGGAUUUUAUUGCCAUGGGAAAGUUCUUCACUGGAGUUGCUGCAUCUGGAAGCUGGGCUUGCUUUGAUGAGUUCAACAGACUUGAGGUGGGAGUAUUAAGUGUAGCAGCCCAACAAAUCCUGACAUUGAUAAGUGCUAGACGGGAGUUCAAAGACACUUUCAGCAUGGAAGGGGGGCACCCUCUUGCUCUUAACCCAAAAGGUUUUAUUGCUGUGACAAUGAACCCACAGUAUCGGGGUCGUGUUGCACUCCCUGACAAUCUUAAGCUUCUACUUCGACCUGUAUCGAUGAUGAUGGCAGACUACCACUCCAUUGCGGAGGUUUCAUUGAUGUCAUGUGGGUUCUUGCAUGCCCGUGCCCUUGCUUCACGUGUUGUCAGCGUUAUGAAUCAUGCUCGGCAGAUGCUUCACCCUCACCACCACUAUGACUUUGGUAUGCGAGCUGUGAAAACCGUCCUGAUGGUCACUGGAAGACUGCGGAUCUCAUUUCCCGAGUGGUCUGAGACUGAAGUUGUUCUCCGAGCCUUAAGAGAGGUCAAUCAUCCUAAGCUGGUGGCUGAAGACUUUCAUAGAUUUGAAGACAUUCUGGUAGACUUUUUCCUAGAGUUGCCACCCACACCAAAACCACCGGCAGACAGUCUUACUAAUUGUAUUGAAAAGGCAUGUGCUGACAAUGGACUGCUGAUAACUAAUGAGUUUGUGUUGAAGAUCUUACAGCUAAAUGAGACUCUGAAGGAAAGACAUGGUGUCAUGCUUGUGGGACCCCCAUGUGCUGCCAAAACAACCAUAAUAAAGAUUCUGUCCUCUGCCCUGAGUUUGAUGGAGAGUGAUCGGCCAAUCAUGAUUAAUACCCUGAAUCCAAAGACACUGGCACAGGGACAAUUACUUGGCUCCCUAAGCCCACUUUCUCGCGAGUGGUUUGAUGGCCUUAUGUCUCAAAUUAUUAGGCAUGGAAGGUUACAACGAUGCUGGCUGCUGCUGGAUGGUCCCGCUGAUGCUUCUUGGGUAGAAAACCUGAACACUGCACUCGAUGAUUCCCGCAAGCUUUGUUUGCCAUCUGGUGAAACUCUUCCUGUUCCUAAUGAUAUGGCUAUCAUCUUUGAAGUCUUGGAUUUGUCACAGGCUUCUCCAGCCAGUGUGUCUCGGUGUGGUAUGGUAUUUGUGGGCGAUGGCACUGUAAACUGGACUGCCCUGCUACACACCUGGCUUCAUGUUCAUGCUCAUGACACUUGGUGGGAAGAGUACUCCCCUCUCCUUAAAGAUCUAGCCAAUUGGCUCAUCCCACCAUCCCUGGCAUUCUUACUGGAACACUGUUAUUUCUUGUUGCCAAUCACCGAGCUUUCACUCAUCAGGUCUGUAUUUCCGCUUACUGCAACACUGAUACAGGAUGUCUUGCAAGACUCGUCUAUCUCAAUGAAGGACAGUGCUAAGGUGGGCCCCAUCUGGACCACAGCAGCCUUCCUCUUCUCACUCAUCUGGUCUCUAGCUGGUGGUUUGAGCUCAGAAACUAAAGAUGUUUUCAGUAAUUUCUUUAGAAAACUUGCAAUGGGGUACAAUGCAGAUCAUCCAGCACCAAGUUCUAUAGGACAGAUUGGUUGUCCAUACCCUGCUGAAGGUAGUGUCUUUGAUGUGAUGUUUGAUGCCAAGCAGCGGUCUUACUGGCGCCCAUGGACAGAUGUUGUUAAACAUGCUGAAAUCACAGAAACUUCUCAAAUUUCAACCAUCCUUGUUCCUACUAUAGAAUCAGUCAGAUUAGACUACUUGUUAGAUAUAUGUGGACGAGCUACAAAAGGAGUUCUUGUGGUUGGUGGAGGCCAGAGUGGACGAAGAGUAACUACUCUGCGCUACCUUCAAGGCCUAAACACAUCAACAGUUGACACCACGAUACUUCCCAUCACCCCAGCUUCCACUGCACUAUCUCUUAAGGCAAUUGUAAUUAGUCACUUAACAAUGAGAGAGAGUGGGAAGUGGGGUGCUAAGAAUGGUCGUAGACUGCUGGCAUUUGUGGAUGACCUGCAUCUUGCUGCUCAAGAUUCUUAUCAAGCUCUGCCAGUUCAUGAGGCAAUCAGGGAAGCUAUGCAGCAGAAGACUUGGAUCAGCACAGAGAAUACCACAAGGAUGGUGUUAGAGGAUAUUACAUGGAUUGGUGGUAUCUCCCUGGACAAAGGAGGCAAACCAGUGGAUAGUGAUGAGCCUGUGAGGACAGAUUUGCUGGAGCCCAGGUGUUUAGCAGGCUUCAUUGUGAUAGCUGCUCACACUCUUUCUACAGAAACUAUCAACCGAGUUUUCACCACUCAACUUAAUGUAUUUCUCAGGGCUGGAGGUUUUGUGCCAGACGUGUUUACUGUGGUGGCAGGCAUUGUGUCUGGCACCCUUGAUGUACUGCACCAUGCACAAGUGUCAUUGCCACCUUCUCCUACUAGGAGCCACUAUGUAUAUAACUUAUCUACUGCUGCACGUGUUAUCCACUCUGUUAGCUUCCUAAGAAAAGAAGCCAUGGAAACAAAGAGGCACUUUGUCAGAUUGUGGGUACAUGAGAUGUAUCGGGAGUUCUGUGACCGACUGAUGGAGGCCUGGGAAGUGACACCAAUAUAUAAAAUAAUUGUCAACACAAUUAAGACCAACUUUAGGGACAAGAUACAUGUGAUAUUUGAUAAAAUCUGCAACGAUGAUGGCUCGGUGACAGAGUCAUGUUUGGAACGUGCAUGCUGGGGUUUGAUGGGCAGCAUAGACACACCUGCAGAAGAAAGACGUUAUGAGGAACUUACAGAUGCAGCACAACUCCAUCAAACCAUUGCUGCCUUCAUCAACGAAUAUAACAUGGAGAAUAGAGCACCAUUAAAUCUUGUUACUUUCAAGUAUGUAGUGAACCACAUAACACGAAUAUGUCGUGUUUUGGGGCGUGCUGGAGGCCACCUUAUGUUGGUGGGCAUGGGUGGAUCUGGGCGCCGCUCACUUGCCCGCCUGGCAACACACAUCUGUGGACACAAACUUGCUUAUCCACAAAUUACUGCCCAAGAUGGUUAUGCAGAGCUUCAGAAAGUGUUGAAGAAGGCCCUGAUCAGAGCUGGUGUUGAUGAAAAGGCCACAGUUGUGGUAGUGGGGGAUUCAGUGCUUCACCAUCCAACAGUCCUACACAUGCUGAAUACAUUAAUUCUUACGGGGGAUGUGCCCAACUUGCUUCCUCCAGAGGAUUACAGCUAUUUAAUGGAGCGUCUUCGUUUGUCUACGGAAGACCGUAAAGUGAGUGAAGCAGACUUGUGGAAGGAGCAAAUGCAACGUGUAGCGGACCUGGUACAUAUAGUGGUGAUGUGUCCCCCUUCUGCUGUGCUUCGCCACAUCCUCACCCACUACACUGCUUUUGCAACUCGUGUCACCAUGGAUUACUUUAAACCAUGGCCACAAGAAGCUCUUGUUAAAGUUGGUGAGCAUUAUCUGGCAGAAGUUCCACUAAGAAGAUCAAUUAGGGAUGCUGUUAUCUCUGCUGCAACCGCUGCACAUCAAAUGGCCAGGCAGGUGUCAGACCAGAUAAUAGCUGAAGGAAAAUGGUGUCUUCCAGUGACUCCUGCCUUGUAUCUGCACCUUCUGCAAGAGUUUCGUGGUAUGUUUACCAACCGCCAGGCUCACACUGCUUCCCUCAAAAAGAAGUAUCUCUCUGGGCUGGAUAAAUUAGCUUUUGCUGCUUCUCAGAUAUCAGUGAUGCAGGAGAUGUUGGCUUCACUUGGUCCCCAGAUUGAAGAAGCCUCUCAGGAUGUUUCCAAAAUGAUGGAACUUAUUGAGCAGGAAUCUAUGGAGGUUGAAGCUCGAAGGAAACUUGUGGCCAUCGAGGAAUCUGAAGCUGGCGUGCAUGCAGCUCAUGCUCGCACAUUGCAAGAGGAGUGUCAGGCAGAGCUUAAUCGGGCACUUCCAGCUUUACAGGAAGCAGUGGAGGCGUUGAAUACCUUGAAGCCUGCAGAUAUCACUGUCGUAAAGAGCAUGAAAAAUCCACCUCAUGCCAUCAAGCUUGUUAUGGCUGCUGUCUGUGUCAUGCUCGAAAUCAAGCCUGAAAAGAUGAAAACCAGCAGUGUUAAAGUGACAUAUGACUUUUGGGGCCCAAGCAAGCGCCUUUUAGGUGAUCUGAGUUUUCUGCAGCAGUUACGUGAUUAUGAUAAGGAUAAUAUCCCUGAUUCAGUCAUGGAUAAGAUCAACAAAGAAUAUGUUCGCCUGCCAGAGUUUGAUCCCGUUUCGGUAGCCAAGGCAUCAAGUGCUGCUGAGGGUCUGUGCAAGUGGGUUCGUGCCAUGGCAUCAUACAACGCAAUUGCCAAGAUUGUAGCACCCAAGAGAGAACGUCUGGCAGAGGCUGAAGCUGAAGUGGCUGCUCUCAUGUCUUUAGUAGAGGCCAAAAGGGGACAGCUUAGAGAACUGGAAGAGAAGUUGGAAGUACUUCAACGUCGCUUUUCCCUUUCCUGCCGUGAGAAGGAGAACCUUGAGGCUGAGCAGAAACUCUGUGCACUCAAAUUAGAACGAGCCCGAAAACUUAUAAGUGGACUGGGGGGAGAACAGUCACGAUGGGAGGCUGCAGCAGGUGCUGCUGCGGCAGACUUGCUUCGUUUGCCUGGAGACACCUUGCUUGCUGCUGCAUCACUGGCUUACCUUCCACCUCACCAACCAGAUAUUAGGAAUCAACUGUUGGCAAAAUGGUGCAUGGCAGUGAAGAAAGCAGACCUUGAGGUGACUGAUUCAUUCAGUUUAGUAGAUUCUCUCACUCCACCUUUACACAUCCGUGCAUGGGGACUAGAAGGUCUUCCUACUGACUCGUUCUCCCUUCAAAAUGCCACUAUCAUUAAACAUACUGUGAAAUGGCCAUUGCUAGUGGACCCCGAUGACCAGGGUACACGGUGGAUCCAGCAACAUGAGGCUGCAAAUGAUCUGGAAGUCGUCCAGGAGCAGGAUUUUGACAAGAUAAUAACACAGUCUAUCAGCGGAGCUCGGGUAACUGUACUGGAGGAUGCUCUGACUCGUUGCAUUCCAAAGGGUCGGCCGCUUCUCCUCCUUGACCUGUCAGGAGAACCACCACCUAUUCUUAUCAACAUUGUCACCCGUACUACAACAGAAGAAGGUGGUGUUCGAGUUGUAAGUGCAGGAGCUCUCACUCUACAAUACAACAAUAUUUUCCGGUUGUAUCUGGCAACUAGACAACCACGGCCUCAGUUGUCCUUGGAGAGUGCUGCUGCUCUCACUGUUGUCAACUUUACAGUGACCGUUCAUGGUCUGCAUGAUAACCUGCGACAAAUUCUUGUCAAGAAGGAGCGCCCAGAAUUAGAGGAUGAACGACAAAAACUGGUGUUGACGACAUCUUCCUACCAGCGUGCCUUACAAGGUACAGAGGAACGCAUCCUUCAUACUCUGUCUUCUGUUCAGGGCAAUAUCCUAGAAUCUGAGGAGGCCAUUAUGAUACUUCAGGAUACAAAGCAAAUGUCAGAUGAGAUCAAGCAUAAGCAAGAGCAGUGUGUGGAGACAGAAGCUGCUUUGCUUCUGUGCUGUCAGCAAUAUGAAACAGUGUCUAAACCAGCUGCUGCUCUGUACAUGACUUUGGCAAGCCUCGGCGCACUCUCACACAUGUACCAAUUCUCACUAAGCUGGUAUAUUAAUCUAUACAUUUCUGUUAUAGAGACUACUGGCAAGAGCUCAGUAUUGGAGCGUCGGCUGAAACUCUUGCAAGAAUCUCUCGUCUGUCGUGUCCAUUCAGCAGUGGUGUGUGGUCUAUCUGCUGCCCAUAGACUGCCCUAUACUUUCCUCAUUGCUCUGCAUGUUCUCAGAGUAUCAGGUGGUGUGGAUGCCAGUGAGGAGGCCUGGCUCAAUCAUAUGAUGGCAAGCAGAAGCAGUGGAGCUGUGACUGUUCCGGAUUGGCUUCACCCUUCCCUGGUCCCUUCCUGGCCUCAUCUUCAUGACCUCAUGGCCCUUCCCUCCUUUCAAGGAUUGGAAGUUAGUUUAAAACAAGAGGGAGCAACCUGGGGGAAAGUUGUCUCUAGCAAUCUGCCUGAGAAAUCUUUGCUACCCCGUCCAUGGAAUCAUCUCUCGCACAUACCUUGGCUCAUCUUAAUCUCUGCCUUAAGACAAGAUAAGAUAACGUGGGCCGUGAAAAUGAUUAUUGAAGAGGUUCUUGGGCCUCAGUUUGUCUCGCCACCACCUGCAGAUAUAAACAGAUAUCUGGAAGCACCAGUGACUGUGAAAAUAUCAUCUCAUGCCCCUGUAAUUCCUCGAGCUCCAGUUCCCCUGCUGUUGGUGACUACAGCUGGAGUUGAUGCCCUGGAAGAAGUUAUGCUACUAGCUGGUCAAAAACCUCAAGUUACUCUCACAAAUGUAUCUCUUGGUCAAGGACAGUCAGGUGUGGCAGAAGCUGCUGUGAGUGUAAGUGCCUGUGAGGGUGGAUGGGUGGUGCUACAGAACUUGCACCAUGCUUUAGAUUGGCUACCAACCCUGGCUAACAUUAUUACAAGACUCUACACCAACACCACAAAGAGUAAUUCACGUUCUGAUAAUGGCACUCUCAACCCUAACUUUAGGCUAAUCCUCACCACUGAGCCAACAGAUGAGUUCCCUGUUUCCCUGUUGCGGGGUGUGGAGAAGUUGUACAUCGACAGUCCUGGAGAUGCAUAUCAUGCUUUACAAGAAGCCAUUGCUACCCUCAUUCGACAUGCUUCUCACUUACAGUUUGAGGUUGAGGAAGACGAAAUAGAGGCAGCAACAUAUCGCUUGCUCUAUGGCCUGUGCACCUUUCAUACUGUGGUUAGUGAGAGGGGUCGCCAUGGUCAUCUUGCCUGGGCUAGUCCUCCAACCUUCACCAAUGUUGACCUCACACUGGCUCUAAGUGUAGUCAUUUCAAGUGCUGAGGAUGGCCAACAGGUUGACCCGGAGACGCUGGAGUACCUGGUGGGACAAGUUUUCUAUGGAGGGCGUGUGAAGAGAACAGAAGACCAACAGGUCAUCACCAGUAUCUUAAAGGAUGUGCUCAUUAUCUCUCUGAAAAUUCCAGAUGAAGAGGAAUAUCCCCUGCUGGAAGAUACAUCAGGUCCACAAGACAUGAGGCAUGAAGAUACUCUAAAUAAUGGUCUUGGAGAUGAAAAUGACGAAGUAGGGUUGUCUAUACUUUUUCCCGAUUAUAUUGGUAAAGUCGAUGAUCUUCAAGAAUUUGUCAAGGGAGUUACAGGUUUGGAGAGACCUGAGAUUUUUGGCUUACCUGUGGGAGUACAGCACCUUCAAGAGAUAGAAACUGGACAACAUUUUUUGACUGCUUUGGCCACUGUUGCUGGGGCACAAACACUCCAGGGAUCAACAGAAAGCUCUGUAACUAAGGAACUGCAAACACUGAAAAAAAGGCUGCCAGUGCCAAUUAGCCAACUGGAGGAAGUUAAACAAUGUGAAGACAGGGACCUUGUUGAUAUAAUAAAGCGGGAAGUUCAGCAGCUCAACAAUAUACUCCAAACUAUCACUCUUCAGUUAGAUACUGCUCUACAAGCUACAACAGGAGUUGGUGGGCAGGGUUAUGGUUGUGAGGAAGUAGUGUCAGCAGUGGCAUUAGGACACACACCACUUACCUGGGUGAAGAUAUGCACUCACCCUGCCUCCACUGUGCUCAGUCAUUUUCUUCAUGAUCUACAUGCAAGAAUAUACUUCUUCAGAAAUUGGAUAGAGGAUGGAUGUCCCACAUAUUUUAGAUUUGGAGCAUUCCAAUUUCUGCCUGCAUUUCUAAUAACUGUGCAAAGAAAAGUAGCUCACAAAUCUUGUAAACCACUUCAUCACCUAAAUUGGAACUUCCAAUUCACUGAUCUUCUCCCUGAAAACCUGCCUGAUGUUAUUCCAAAUAUUGCUGAAGAUUUGGAAUCUUUGGAUGAGAAAUAUCAGAAUGAAAUUUCAGAUGGACACCCAUUUUAUAAUACAAAUAAAAAUGAAUUAAAAUCCUGGGUAGAGCAAAAUGAGGAAACCAAUGAAGUAAUCAGCACAACUGAUCAGCUGCCACAUGAUGGUGACACCGUUCAGAAACACUCGCCUAAAUUUAUUGGCCUGAACACUGAAGAUUCCAUAAGAAAAUGGCAUGAGCUUGGACAGAAUGGACUGUGUGUGUCUGGACUUUGGCUGGUUGGUGCAUCAUGGAAUACAGCCAGUUAUGAACUUGAGGAGCCUGCAUCUCAAGAACUAAUGGAGCAGUUACCUAUUUUGAACAUGGUCCCGACAGUUUCUAUGGAGAAUGGUUCUUACACAGCAAGAGGACCUGCAUCAUCUUGUACUACAGCACGUUCAUUAUCUCACUUUCUGCCACCAGUAGGCUUAAUGGAAGAAGAUACUGAGGUAGGGAACUUGAAACACAACAUGCAGUCAGAUUCUACUCCGACUACUGAAAUGACAUCAAAUAUUCCAUCAACAUGUGAUGGACCUAGAAUAUUAGAUGCACAAAAUACUGCUUACAUGUUGGCCAAUUCUCUAAAACAAAUGAGUGAUUAUCCUUCUCUAGAUUUUGGAGAGGAAAUGACAACAAGUAGUAAAAGUGAUUUGCCAUCCACUAGGUCAAGAUAUUAUGAAUGCCCUGUGUACGAGGGAGGACCAGAUAGUAGUCCGAGACCACCAGUACUAACUGUUACUCUUCCAGCUGGUGCAAAGGGAGCAAAUUACUGGGUACAAAGAAGAGUAGCAAUGUACAUGUCUAAACACUAAGGAAACUUUUGAAUAAAUUUAUUCCAAAGAAAUUUUUACGAGCAUAAAUUCGUGUAGCCUAGUCUUGUAUAGGGAAAUUACAAUUAUUACUGCAGUUAAAAACAAUGGUGUUGAACCUUAGUACAUAAAAAAAUAUUAUACUACAGUAUUACUGUACUGUACAUUAUUUUACAGCAAGAGCAGUUUAUGCAACUUUAGUCACACCUUCAACCUUGAUUCUUGAACUACAUCUAUAAACUCAUUCAAUUCAAACAAUACCAUGACUUGUGACCAGUCCACCUGUGUUUAAUGUACAAUAUAGUAAUUUAAACCCUUCCAGGUUUAAGGGUUAUAAUAACACAUGUACAGUGCAGUUAUUAUACUAUACGUUGAUCUCCGGGAUUAAUGUGGUAAUCAUCGUACAGUAUGUCAAUUUUUAUUACCAUCCCAUUUGUAGACCCCCCUUUAAGUUAAUUUGAGUAUAAAAUAUAUAUAUGUAUAUGUGUGGAUGAAUAAAGGUGACUAUGAAAAAUGC